ACCAGCUGAUAUUUUCUUCCCUUAGGACCAGCUGUUCAGGAGCAUCCCGGACUAGAGCCAGGCACAGUUGAGACUUGGAUCUAACUAAAGACCGCUGCGGAUUCUUCUGCAGCAAUGUCGGUGUUAGAAGAAAGUCGACCGUUUGCUCAACAGUUAUCCAAUGUCUACUUUACAAUACUUUCACUUUUCUGUUUUAAACUUUUUGUGAAAAUCAGCCUUGCCAUCCUCAGUCACUUCUACAUUGUGAAAGGGAACCGCAAGGAAGCGGCGAGGAUAGCAGCUGAGUUUUAUGGAGUAACCCAAGGACAAGGUUCCUGGGCAGAUCGAUCACCACUACAUGAAGCUGCAAGUCAAGGUCGUCUUCUUGCUCUGAGAACAUUAUUAUCACAGGGUUAUAAUGUGAAUGCAGUCACUAUAGACCACGUCACCCCAUUACACGAAGCCUGCCUGGGAGAUCACGUGGCCUGUGCCAGAGCUCUUCUGGAAGCUGGAGCUAAUGUAAAUGCAAUCACAAUAGAUGGUGUGACUCCGUUAUUCAAUGCAUGCUCGCAAGGCAGUGCCAGCUGUACAGAACUUCUUUUGGAAUAUGGUGCGAAGGCCCAGCUGGAGUCCUGUCUUCCAUCUCCCACACAUGAGGCUGCCAGUAAAGGUCACCAUGAAUGUCUCGACAUACUGAUAUCCUGGGGCGUAGAUGUUGACCAAAAUGUUCCUCAUUUGGGAACUCCUCUCUAUGUAGCUUGCAUGUCACAGCAAUUCCAUUGCAUCUGGAGACUUCUUUAUGCCGGCGCUGAUGUACAAAAAGGCAAAUAUUGGGAUACUCCAUUACAUGCUGCUGCUCAACAAUCCAGUACAGAAAUUGUAAAUUUACUAUUAGAAUUUGGAGCAGAUAUCAAUGCCAAAAAUACAGAGCUUCUGCGACCUAUAGAUGUAUCUACAUCUAACAGUAUGGUAGAGAGAAUACUGCUUCAACAUGAAGCUACCCCAAGUUCUCUCUGCCAACUCUGCCGACUCUGUAUCCGAAAUUGCAUAGGAAGACCAAGAUUACAUCUCAUCCCACAGCUCCAGUUGCCAACAUUAUUGCAGAAUUUCUUGCAGUAUCGAUAAAGCAGUAAAAUAUCUCUAAAUUCUUUGAAAAUCAAAAAUUUCUAUUUAAUUUGCAUAAUGAAUAUUUCAUAUUAAAAGUUGCUAAAUCCAGGGUAAACGUUGAGUAUGCGAUCAUCCAGGGAAGCAGUAAGAUAUCAAUUUCCAUUUUUAGUGUACUACUUAGUACUUUUGUUUUAGAAAUUUUUACUGUGCUUUGAAUUAUAAUACAUUUAACAUAUCCAUACAUUUUAGCUAUCCCAAUAUAUCCAUUUUUGAUU